AUGUAUGUCGCACCGAAACUGCAGGAUGGUGAGGUCCUCGCAGAAGAAGGGGCGUAUGGAAGGGAACCAUGGGCUGUUGCAGGGCUGGGUUGGAAUAGCAAUGGUGGCGGCAAUGGCGUAGCUAUGCGUGCAGCCUUGGCAUUGCCAUCCCAUGCUGUGCGAAGGAAAUUCUCCUUCACUCACGGCGCCAGGCUCACUGCUGGGGGAGUAGUGGCUGCACAGGUAGUGGGCGGUGGGCAAGGGGGCAGGGCAUGGGGUGGCGGGCAUAGGAGGGACGGGGGCGCUGGUGGUGUGGGAGGGGCCAAGGAGGAAGCUGCAGUGGCGAUCGAUGGCCUAUCGGAAUUCGGGUUGGCUCUCUUUGCUGCCCCCAACAAUGCGUCCAUGCAAGUGCCGCUCGCAGGCACCUUCGGCUACCUGGCGCCAGAGUACCUAUCCCACAGGGCAGUGAGCACCCGCACGGAUGUGUUUGCGUUCGGAGUGGUGCUGCUCGAGCUGCUUUCAGGGCAACCCCCGGUGGACGACACCCGGCCCCGGGGAAUGCAGUGUCUCACGCAAUAG